CAACCUGGCGUGAACCGACCCCUGACCGGACCCGAUGUCGUUGGUCGCCUACGACGCCUCUUCCGACGAGGAAGACGCCGGCGAGCCUCCGGUCGCGGCGGCGCCCUCCCCUCCACCCGUAGCCUCCUCCAUCGGGCCGCAGCCCAGGCCUCCGUCUCCUUCGACGGCGGUGGGCGCCGCUCCUCAGCCUACUCCGCCGCCGCCUGCACCCAGCCAGAGCCAGAACAUAGCAUCCAUCAGUUCGAGUAAUGUCUCCCUGCCCACACCAUCAUUAGACCUCCCAGAUGUUGCAGAUCUCUUUGCUCCCCCUGCAGACAAUGCAUCAAGGAAGAGAGAAUCAAAUGGAUCUGCUCUUCAUGACUCACGCAGUAAAUUUCCAAGGAUGCAACCACAAACCCGAGGCGUAAGAAGUGCUGCAGGGAACUCUCUAAUUCCUCCGCAGCUUCGUGGAAGGAGCAACAUUGUUACUGAAGAUAUGAGCAAACUGUUUGUGGCUAAACGAAAAGAGUAGCAUUUUAACACUUCGUGAACGUGAACCCAUAUUCGGAUUUCAUCGACACAUGUACUGCCUCCCACAGUCCCAUGGAUGUGUGGGCAUGAUGGAAGGAUGUUGUUGAAUCCUAGAGAAGAAGGAUGCUAAUGGUACUUGCAACCUAGAUUCCAGAACACAGUGGGUUGUCGACUUGUCGUCAGAUUUGGAUAUUUUGUUGGUGCCUAUUUCUCUGGUGCUCACUUGCAUUUGCGGCGCUAUGAUGCUACAUGCCUGAUGUUGGAUGCAUGUAACUCUGUCAGGGCAAACUAGAUGCUGUCACCCUGUUAGGAGUUAGGACUAGGUGCAACUCCAUUUAUCUUUUCAUUGGUGAUGAUCAUGUAUUCUGCCCUGCUCUAGUUCCUGGUUAGCCUUGUUUCGAGACGUGCGUGCAUUAUCCGCUGUGCUCUAGUUUGGGUUUUGGGAUCGUUGAGCCUAUAAAGCUUUUAUUUGAGUUAUAUCAAUACUCUGAAGGAAUGUUGUAAACUAGUUGUUCUCUUAGGAUUCUGUUAGCAAAACGAGCGUUUUUUCAUUUUAA